AUGACGGACGUUCACUCCACGGAGAGCGGUCAAGCCCGGAGGACGACCACGAACGAGGCCCGCGAUGCGAUCCUCGCCCACGAGGCGCAUCGCGGUGUCGAAACUGAGCACAAGAUGAGCUUUUGGCAGGGUCUCCGAACCUAUCCCCAUGCCGUGGGCUGGUCGAUUCUAUUUUCGACCGCCAUUAUCAUGGAAGGGUUCGAUGUGGUCUUGAUCGGCAACCUCUACGCUCUAGGCCCUUUCCAGAAGGCUUUCGGCAAGGAGUUGCCGAACGGCACCUACCAAUUGACGGUGGCCUGGCAAGCCGGUCUAUCGAACGGAGCCCUCGUCGGUGAAAUCCUCGGCCUGUUCCUCAAUGGUAUCAUCUGUGACCGAUUCGGCUACCGGAAAACCAUCUUCGGAGCACUGGCUCUCGUCAUCUGCUUCAUCUUCAUCGUCUUUUUCGCGAACAGCCUUGUCGUUCUCCUCGUUGGCGAGAUCUUGCUCGGCAUCCCGUGGGGUGUGUUCCAGACGCUCACCACCGCAUAUGCCUCCGAGGUCUGCCCCGUCGUCCUGCGCCCGUAUCUGACGACCUACGUCAACCUGUGCUGGGUGUUGGGCCAGUUUAUUGCUUCGAUCGUGCUGAAGGGAGUGCAACCCCUUGACAGCAAGUGGGCAUACAAGAUUCCGUUUGCCUGCCAAUGGAUGUGGCCUCUGCCUAUCAUGCUGGGCGUUUCCCUGGCCCCAGAGUCACCCUGGUGGCUGGUCCGUAAAGGACGCCUGGGGGAUGCCAAAAAGGCUCUCCUGCGCUUGACUUCGCGACAGAAUUCCUCCUUCGACGUGGACGAAACCAUCGCCAUGAUAGAACGCACCAACGAACUCGAAAGGCAAAUCACCCAGGGCACUUCCUACACCGACUGCUUCAAGGGCGUGAAUCUUCGUCGCUCCGAAGUCGUCUGCAUGGUCUGGGCUAUCCAGACCCUGUGCGGCAGCACCUUCAUGGGAUACUCGACCUACUUCUACGAGCAGGCCGGAUUAGCCUCGAGCAACGCCUUCACUAUGUCCAUGGUCCAGUACGCGCUGGGUGCCAUCGGCACCAUGAGCUCCUGGUGCCUCGUAAACUGGUUCGGUCGCCGGACCCUCUACAUGAGUGGUCAGGCCGCCCAGACAGUUCUGCUGCUUAUCACAGGCGCUCUGGGCUGUAUCCCAAACAGCGGCUCGGGCGUGCACUGGGCUAUCGGUAGUAUGCUUUUGGUCUACACCUUCUGCUAUGAUGCCACCGUCGGUCCCGUCUGCUACGCCCUCGUCUCCGAGUUAAGCUCAUCUCGCCUACGUACUAAGACGAUCAUCCUAGCACGGAAUCUAUAUAAUAUCACCGGCAUCAUCACUAAUAUCCUGACCCCGCGUAUGCUAAACCCAUCCGCGUGGGAUUGGGGUGCUAGGGCCGGUUUCUUCUGGGCCGGCAGCUGCUUCCUCUGUCUAGUGUGGACGUACUUCCGUCUCCCUGAGCCUAAAGGUCGCACCUACGCCGAGAUAGAUCUCCUCUUCGAGCGCAAGGUUCCCGCCCGGAAUUUCGCCUCCACCGUGGUCGACCCUUUCGCAUCUUUAGAUUCACUGACAAUCUCUGAGAAGAAAAAAGGGCACGAGAUGGUCGAGGCCAUUGAGAAUAUCGCUACAAUUGGCCAAAUUGGGAGUUGA